UCAUUGUGGAGCAGCAUUUUCUCUUAAUUUGGUAAUUCUUCAACACAUCAAUAUAAAUAAUAUGAUACAUAAUAACUUUAACGGAUGUAUCUAUGGAAAUAUAAUAAUUUCAAGAUGAAGAGGUACUCACUAGUAGGAAACGGACAAGUGAUAACAGAGUGGAAGUGUGUGGACGCGUCCAGUUCGCGUCCGCGACACAUACGUAUUACGUAAUGAUAGGCUGACAGCUGUGCCUGUGAAUGUGAGUUACUCCCUGCCACCUACGCCACGGGCCACACGACACACCGACUUUAACUCCUUACAGUGUUGUGUGAGAGUGAGUCGAGGUUUACCCGAGUAGAGUCAUGGCGGAUGAGGGCGAUGAUGGAUGCGAUGAUCAAGGCACUCCCCCAAGGGCAGUAAAGAAAGUGAAAUAUUCUCAGAAAUAUUCACCUAACUGGGAAUCACUUCCGUUGUUCAAGGGAUGGAUGCAACCGAGUGUAAAGAGUAAAAAUAGAGCUUAUUGCAAAGCCUGUGAUUGUGAACUUAAUGCAAAGAAAUCCGAGCUAGAGAAACAUGCAGGUGGACAAAAACACAAAACUAAUGCCAGUAGUGCUGCCAAACAACUUACACUAUUGUCAAUGUCAUUUGCUAGAGGACAUUCAUCACUGAAUAAGGAGGUAAAAGAAGGUGAAAUAAGACUAGCAGCUUUUGUUGCAGAACCUAACCUACCUAUGAGUAUCAUGACACAUUUACCCCAACUAAUAAAAUGUGUAUGUAGUGACUCUCAGAUUGCUAAACAUAUUGCAUGCAGUAGGACGAAGACUACUGCAAUACUCAAGAAAGUAAUUGGUCCAACUAGCAAGGAAGAGCUGAUCAACAAUGUAAAGACUCAAAAGUUUCCAAUUAUAGUUGAUGAGUCAACCGACAAAGGUUGCACUAAACACCUGUGUCUACUUGCACGUCUGAUACAUGGCGGUGAAGCUAAUGAUGUUUUUCUUGAUUUAGUCCCUGUACAGGAAGGAAGUGCUCAAAGCUUGUAUGACAGCAUUGUUAAAGUAUUUGUAGAUAAUGGGAUUCCCUACAAAGAGAAUAUGAUAGGUUUUGCAUCAGAUGGUGCUAACGCUAUGAUGGGUGCUCAUAAUUCCCUGUCUUCUCGCCUUGUGACUGAUGUCCCUAAUCAGUUCAUUAUGAAAUGCAUCUGUCACUCAUUCCAUUUGUGUACCUCAUAUGCUUGCAUGAGUCUUCCAAGGGCAGUUGAGCAGCUGACAAGAGAUGUAUAUAAUUAUUUUAUGUCAAGCCCUAAGAGGUUAUCAAAGCUGAAGGAAUUCCAAGAUUUUGUGAAGGUUAAGCCGCACAAAUUAUUGCAUCCCAGUCAGACUCACUGGCUGUCCCUUCAGGCUGUAGUGUGUCGGGUUCUAGAACAGUAUGAUGCAUUAAUACUUUAUUUCACUGAUGCUGCAUUCUCAGAGAGAAUUAUGGCAGCAGAAAAGAUCUUGCAUUACUUGAAAGACCCUACAAAUAAGUUGUAUCUUCAGUUUCUAGAAUUAAUUUUGCCUUUUUUUACUGACCUAAACACGAUGAUGCAGUCUGAGAGGCCAAAGAUUCACUUGAUGUAUGACUCAGUGUCUGUUGUGUGUAGGACCAUUAUGGAUUGUUACAUAAAAAGGGAUCAUCUACAGAACACUGCAGUUCAAAAUGUUCAGUACAGAAACCCCUCACACUUUCUACCUCUAAAUGAGAUUUACUUGGGAGGUAAAGUAACAGCAGCUAUUGCACAAAACACUCAUGGCUUGUCUCGCCCAAAUCUAGAGGAGUUUCAAAAACAUUGUUUAAACUUUCUGGUUGAGAGUGUGAGUCAAAUUUUUAAAAGGUUUCCCUUCAGAAAUGCAGUGUUUAAACACCUGAGGCUCAUUGAUUCCAAAGUAGUGCUGAAAAAAAGUGAACCAUCCAUUGCCCCACUAGUCAGCUUACUUCCAGGAAUCAUUGAAGAAAAUAAGUUGAAUGAGAUAGAUAAUGAAUGGAGACUACUUAGGAAUACAGAUCUUGAAGUAGAUGCAAGUAUUGACACAGAAAGACUCUGGCAAACCAUUGCAGAGAUGAAAAAAAGAGAUGGAUCACAAAUGUUCCCUCAGUUGUCUUAUUUCGUUUCUUUUGUAUUUUGCCUUCCACAUUCAAGUGCAGCUGCUGAGAGAAUAUUUUCACUAGUUAACAACAUGAAGACCAAGCAGAGAAAUGCACUUUCCACUAAAACAUUGGUUGGAUUGCUCCAUACUAGGCGAUACUUGAAAGAGGAUUUUUGUUUUAGUUUCCCUGUAAGCAGGACCCUUCUUCAACGCAUGACCUCUGAUAUGUAUGAUUCAGAGUGAUUCAUGUAUAUGAUAUAGGAUUAAGGUUAACUAAUCAAUGCAACAUUUUAGUUUAAAGUUUUGAGAAGUGUACUACCUAUGUUUUUCAUUAUUGUACUUAAGUUUUCAGAUUAAAAGUGUGUUCAGCAUAAAUAUAGUUGGAUUUUUUAGUU